AUGGUGAAAAGCAGCGCCUCGCUUCUCCAAGAGAGGGCUUUGUCAGAGGCACCUCACCUCCUCCCAAAGUUGGAAGCCCUCAAGGAUUUUUUCGCGAAGAAGAUUUUAUCUGCGCCGGAUGUUUGCGUUUCGUACAUCCUUAUCACGUUAUCUCUUCGACAUGGGCCAGAAAGAACAGUAUCUGGCAUUAGGCAGCCGAACGAGUCUUUCGUUGAAGUGUCUCAUGAAUCGCCUUACGACUCGGCAUCACUAGGUGAUCUUCAGGUUCAACAAAUUCUCGGAUGCGAUGUGAUCAGUGACCGUGCGCUUGCUCGCCUUCAUUUGCAUCGAGAGUCUGCCACUGUCCGCGAUUUUUGGAUGAAAGCCCGUUUGCACAAGAUUCCGGACCAUGUCGCUCUAUGUAUAGAUAGCUUUUAUUUUGGAUUGCGGCCCCUGAGGCUGAUGUUUCGCAUACCCAGUCCUGAGGAACUUCUUGCCAUGCAAGCUGAAGGGUCCAGGUGUGUUAGCGCAUUGAUCUCUUCGAAGAUGCUUACACAGAUUUUUGGUCACCGUGACUGCUUGGAAAUGCUGCUCCACGAUCUGGCUCAUAUGGAGAAGUUCGUAGAAGCUGGACGUUUUUGGCAGCAGGUUGGCUUUUUUUCCUUUCUGCAUGCAAGUGUGGCACCUCUCCAUUUGAAGUGGCGGGAGGUUCUUGGCAAAAGAUGGGAGCUGUCCUGGCACUAUGUGUCAGCAGACAUGAACGCAGUGGCAAAUCAUAUGUUGAUGACCCUCAAGGCACAGCUGAUGGUUGCCAUGGCGCGGAAGACCCUUCUGGACGCGGGGAUUCCACGAAUUCCUACUGAAGUCACCGAAGACGAGUUGGAGGCAGUCAAGGCGGAUGUAUAUCCGCGUGCAAGCAUGGCAGAGUGGAAACCUUCCCUUGCUGAUGCUGGUUUGCUCAGUCAGUUUGAGGAGUCUUUUCGACGAGAGUGGGAGCAUGUUCUUGGGGCUCAUGUGAGGCAUGCCGAAGAUAAUUUCCCUGGCGUUUUCGAGGAUGGCAACGCUGAAGGUCUUGCCGAUAGCGUCGUCCAUCAAGCUUCCUUUGACCUUUGGCCACGACCAUCUGCAGAUGAGUUUGUAAGGGCUGCAACUUGCAAUGACCCAUUGCCUGCAGACAAGGCGGCGAUAAUUGCUCAUUUUGAUGAGCUUGGCCGAAGAGUCAUGAAAAGUGGCAGAAGCUGCUCCUGCUGGGAGCACGAUUUUCCCUUGCUGUGGUCAUGUGUAGACCGCGGGCUGUUACUCUGUUUGGCAGAUCCGGUGACCUCGUUUUCUUUCCGCAAGAUGCCCAGCCAUCAGCAGCUGCCGGGUUUGCGAAAGGCAGACGUUUGUGCUCAAGCCAUGCUUGCUGCCGGAAUGCCAGCUUUUGCGGUGCGUGCCGAGCAUUGCCCAGCUAUGCCGAGCUGCUCUGUUUUGAACGAUAACGGCAUUCGAAUCGCUUCUCCAGGCAUCAGUGGCAGUGGCGGCAGCUCCACAGUUCCAUCAGUCAGCAGUGUGCAUUCCAGGGAAGAAGCAAAUGAAGUUGGAAGCAAAAGAGGAGACCGUCCAAAGCUAUCCAUGGAAGAUGCUGCCGAGCCUUGGUGCAAUAGGAGUCUGUUUGAGAUUCUCAGUGGCAGACUCGUUCAAGCCACGCCAGAUCAAGCCAGCUUUGCAUGUGGCUAUGCCUGUGUGACAUCCGUAUUGGGAAGUGAAAUUCCAGCGAUUGAUGGGUUAGGUUUCAGCACUGCAGGCAAUAUUGCAAAGAUGCUAACUUUAGUCCUCAUACUACUGCAAUUGAGCAUUGCCAGAGGCACGCUUGCAGCAGGAGUGACUGAAAUGGACGAGUGCAUCAAGAUUCUACCUCAGUGCGUGCAUGAAUUGUGGGAGUCAAAUCAGCGUGGAGAUGCUACCAACGAAGAAGAGCUAAGCUUUGGCUUGCUAGCAGCCUGGAUGAAAGGGCUCUACACGAAGAAAGAUCCACCUUAUUUGGCGAGUGAUCUCCAGUUGAGGGCAUCAACUUUGAAGCAGCUGAAAGAAUUGGCAAGCUUCAGCUUGGCCAGCCCUGACCACUUCAAAUAUGCAAUUGGUGUGGGCCAAAUGCUUUUCCUGUACUUUUGGUGGGGCUUACACCCGCCAGAUGAUGAAGACAACCGGCUUCUAGGUCCAAGUAUCGAAAUUGUAUCUUUGUCUGCCAGCCUGCACACGGCCAGCGUGGCUGGAAGCUGUUCUUCACCGGGCAUAGCUCAAAUAGAAUUUGAAGCAAGGAAAUGCCCGUGGCGCUGGCGCUUCGUACUACUGUUGCUGGUGGAAAUAGCCAAGCAGUUGGCAGCUUAUAAAGAUUUGAAGGGUGCUGCUGAGCACUUCCGUUUGGCAGAGGCACACCUCAAGACGAUGCGGAUGUUGCCCUACUUCGCACACCAUCGAAGCUUGCUUCCAGGUCAAGGUCCCUACAGGGCCAAUCACAACGAUGAUCUUCUGCGCAGUUCCCAGCACUGGCCAGUUUGGCCGCGCUCUGCGUGGCCACCCCUUGCCAACUUCCUGGAAGAACAUGCCCACAUUUUCCGUGCUGAACUUGAUAGAUUGAUACUUGCUGAUAUGGACUACGAUGAGCUUUUCCGAACAGUGCAGGAACAACAAACAGAGUUUACUCCACUUCCGAAAGACUGGGGCCUCCUGGAUCUGAUCCGCCAAGGCAACCGCACUGCAGUAUGUCCUUACACUCCGCAAAGCUGUGCGUUGUUGGAAGAGCGUCCUGAAAUCAAUGCGCACUGUUUCUCAGAGCGCGUGCCCAAUGCCGGGGUUGCCUUUGCGCGACUUCUUCCGGGCUCUGAAAUAAAACCCCACUUUGCCACAGAGCCAAGUUUAGCAAUUCACCUGGGAUUGAUAACACCACCUGGUGCAGAGAUGUGGGUAGCCAACGAAACGGUGACUUGGUCCGAAGGCAAAGCAGUGGUGUUUGAUGAUACAUUUUUCCACGGGGUGCGUCAUCGAGGGAUUGAGGCUCGUUAUAUCUUGCUCGCGUGGAUUUGUCAUCCUUGCGACUUGCACUGGAGAAGUUCAGCGCAGGAUUCUUCUGCUUUGCCGCUCCAUUGCGACAAGAAGAUGGGACGUCGCCCGGAGCAGAUCUACGACGAGCUCCGCUGCCUCCACGGCCUGUUGCGCCGCUUCCACGGCGUCUGCGUCGACGCAGCGCGAUCCACGCUGCGGGAGACGCGCGGCUGGCGGCUGGAGCGGCUGGCGGAGUUGGGGAGCGCUGGGAAAGUGGUGGAGUACAUUCGCAAUCAGAGAGGAUGGUUUGAAGCAGCUGGAUCUCCAAUUUGGCAGCAGGAAAUUCCUGAUGAAGUGGACCUGGAGAGCCUUCCAGUGACGUUUGAUGCCCUACACUACGAUGAGGUUUGGAACAUGAUCCACGCCUGGUGGUCCAACCGUAUCUCCGUCAAGACCAUGUUGCCUUUGUUGGAAGACGCCCGCAUCAACCAGGUGCCAUUCGAGAGCAUCCGUGAAUGUCUUUGUGGUCCCUGUGCAACCGAGAAGCGCAACCAGAACGCCGAUGCCCUGAAGGCCCUUCUAGAUCAACUUCGACCGAUCUACGAGGAAUGCAAGAAGGAUGCACGACAGGCUCUUCGUGAGACCCGCAACCAAUCCUUGAAGGAGUUGAAGAACCACUCCAUGGCAAAAGUCUUUCAGCACCUGGUCAAACACUGGUGCUUCGUGGACGACGAGGACGUGGAUGUGGAUGCCCUUGAAAUCUCAAGCGAGGCAGUAAGGUUCCUCUUCCUCCCGCGUGCGGAGCGCGCAGAACGUGAGCUGCAGGGCAUUCUUGAUGCGGCGGCCCUGGAGCACCUGGAGACAAAGCCCCUGCGCGCAGUCCUGAUGUGUUUGGAGGUGUUGCCAAAGAAAGCGACAUUGAAGGAUUUGGAGGCGGAUCUACAGAAGCCCAUUGCUGAGGAGCUGUUGCCCUUGAUCAGUGCCAAGGGUGGCACGGUCGCGCAAGAUGCUGGCGCCAGACUGCAAGCAGUGCUGCGUCAACGGGAGGAAGCCAAGUGAGUUCGCGCAAAAAUGCGGCGACCAAUGGACAUUUGCAGUUCACUUUUAAGUUUCAUGGCCGGCUUGCAAAGGCAACUAG